AUGGUAUCCAAACCAGAUACAACCGCUGCGUUUCCCGUUCUCCUUUAUCGUAUGCUGGAAGAUAUUGAGAAUGUCAGCAACACAGAUCCAACCAAGGGGGAUAUGCAGUCGAUUGUGAGCUGGGAGAGGAAUGGAACCGCCUUCAAGGUCCACGAUAAGAAACGAUUCAUUUCGAUUGUGCUUCCAGCCUGGUUCCCUCGCAUCAAACAUUCCAGUUGGGUUCGUCUGGUGAACUCUUUCGGCUUUAAGAAAAUCAACGAAGAAGGCGAGGAGCAGGGCUUCAUUCACCACGAGAUGUUUGUCCGUGGUAGACCAGACCUGGUCAAAACCAUUCAGAAGAACAAGAAGAGAGGAAAGAGCCGGUCAGAAUUUCCAGUUCUCUCGCAAACAUACAUGGCAGCGAGACAAUCGAGUUGUUCUCUCAAUGACAUGGCGUCGGCUACUGCUCCACCUUGCGAGGCUUCCUACUCCCCACAACAGCAAAGCUCUGGUAGGGUGGAGUCCCAAGUGUGCUUGAAGGAUCUCAUCUGGUCGUCUCAAGCCAACGGAGCGACCCCCAGCCGUGCAUUUUCCUCCAAUGCUCAUGCGGUGCCCAAGCAAAUGUCCCCUGGUAACUUCCACACUCCCCAUGUACCGGUACAGAAACAGUACAUGAAGGCGCUAAGCGACUGGCAAGGGCCUGCUUCUUAUUCCCCUUGUUGGCCUGAUCAGAGUGUAGUACUAAACAGCGAUGACGAGUCCUUCUCUUGGGCAGAUCUGGAACCACUUCCCUUCCGAACCAACCAGACUGCAGCAGAGGCAAGGAUGACCAACCUCUGCAAUGAAUCAUUUUCAGUGGUGGAAUGGAUAAAAGCAUUUGACGAAUGA